ACUUGGAGGACAAUAUCUUCCGGAUGCAUGCUUGUGACCUGUCAGUGAGCAUCGUACUGCUGCUCUACGUAACCCUACCUUGCAAUGGCUGGGACUUCCCACCUCCUGGCAGGAAAAUACGAAUUCCGCUGCGUGUUUCAAACCGCACUUCAGUGUUCUAUCAGAGAGCCAAACUACCGCUGCGGGAGGAGUCCAGUAUGAUAAUUACACCAAAAUUGAAGAAAGAGGAUGAUAGCUUUAAUAUCGGCUUACCUCAUCAUCGACGACAGGAAUCCUCUGGAUCGAGACAUGACAAAUUACCAAUUAAAGGAAGCAAAACUGCUUUCACUGUAACAAGAAAGAGUUACCUGCGUAAAGAAUGGUGUAAGACUGAACUAUUGAAACAGGUGAUACGAGAGGAAGGCUGCUUGCGACAAACUGUUUUGAAUCGCUUUUGCUACGGGCAAUGUAAUUCGUUCUUUAUACCACGAAGUGGUAAACAUGAUGGUGGGGGAGCAGCAUUCAUGGCGUGCGGCUACUGUAAGCCGAGGCGUUACACUUGGAUUAGGGUGACACUACGUUGUCAAGGCGCAAAACAUAUGCGGUUCAAACGCAGGAAAGUACAAAGGAUUAAACAAUGCAAAUGUAUGGCACAGAAAGUAGAUGGACUUUCAUAGAAUUCAACCACAGUACUACAGGGAACACAUUAUAUAUAUAUAUAUA